AUGAUUGUUGAUGCGGAAGUGAUACAUCUCGAGACGGGAAGAUGCGAAUACGAAACGACAUGGCAGAGUAGAACUUUGAGAUAUUACUUGCCAAAGGAUUUAAGAAUCCAGAGAGAGGAGGUCAUGAGUUGGGACUACAUCAUGUACGAAGAAAUUUGGACAGCGUCAAGUAUGUACGCGAUGGAAAGCACAAAGACCGAUUUUUGGUUAUCAAGAGCAACCCCAAAGAAGGUUAAGAUUAAUAUUUUAUGGCGAGGUACCAUUGGUUCGGCUAAGUUACAGUUCUUUAUCUCGUACGACAGGCGAAAUGAUAAUAUGGAACGAAUCCUGGCAGCACGAGAACGAUUUUGGGUGAUAGGUAACGAGAUACGUAUCGAGACAACCGGGACUAGUGCUCAUUUAUAUCGUAGUGGUAUGAAAAUGACGAUAUUCCAUGUGGACAGAGAUGAUUAUGAUAACAUGACAGUGGAAGGAGUGAUGGAUGAUUAA